GAUUGGCCGCGGCCGCGGGGGGCGGGCCGGGCCUGGGCCUGGCGGUGAUUGACAGCGGCGGGUCCCGGGUCCGGGCCGGUGGAAGACACAGAAAACUGUAAAUAAAGAAUAGACAAAGACUCAAACUGCUGGAGUAACUCAGCGGGCCAGGCAGCAUCUCUGGUGAAAAGGAAUAAUUGACUUUUCAGGCCGAGACCUUUCUUCAGGCUGAGAGUCGGGGGAGAGGGAAACUAGAGGAGACCUGAAAAGGGGGAAGUAGAUAUUCCAGUUGUUCCAACUUCAGGUGCGAUGGAGAUUGAGGAUUCACGCUACACGUUCCCCAGCUCACAGACGCCAGAAGAGGAUCCUCUGAUCGCCAAGCCGUUGCUGAGGAGCCGUUUCCGCCAGCCGCCUCCGGAUUCGUUCAACGGCGUGUACGCGAUCUUCUUCAUCCUCGGUAUUGGCUCACUGCUGCCUUGGAACUUCUUCUGCACUGCCAAGCAUUACUGGUUGUAUAAGCUGGCCAAUGGCACAGAUGGAUCGCACCAGCAGAAUGACCUUCCUAGUUACUUUGAAAGUUACCUUUCACUCGCGUCGACUGUGCCUUCUGUCAUUUGCCUAAUAAUCAACUACCUCCUGGUGGACAAAAUUUCUGCCAAGGUUCGUGUGCUGUCGUCACUGUUCGUCAUGCUGGUUAUAUUCUGCAUCACCACAGUCGUGGUGAAAGUGGACACCUCUACGUGGACGUAUGGGUUCUUUGGUCUGACCAUGUGCUGUGUGGCCAUUGUCAGCGGAGCUUCCAAUGUCUUUCUGGGCAGUGUGUUUGGCGAGGUUGGAAGAUUUCCCAUGAGGAAUGCGCAGGCUUUGAUUUCAGGACAAGCCAUGGGUGGUACGAUCAGUGCUGUAGCUUCAAUCGUUGACCUGGCUGCUGCCAGCUCUAUUGAGGACAGUGCACUGGCCUAUUUUAUUACUGCUGAUAUCUUCAUCGUCAUCUGCAUUGUCAUCUACUUGCUGCUUCCCAAAAUCCCAUAUUCCAACUACUAUCUGAGGAAUCUGAAUGAGAGACCACAGCAUCUCGGAGAUGAGAAUAACAGCGUGCAGGGCAGUGAAACCAACUUGUUUAACGGGUCAGUCAGGAGUGAGUCCUUAUCCAGUGAUGCCACUGCAACUUCUCAAUUGAAACCAAUCCUCGCAAAGACUGCGUCUCUGGGCUUCAGUGUGUUCUACACCUUCUUCAUUUCAAUUAUUAUCUUCCCUUCCAUCUCUUCCAACAUCAAGUCAACUUCGAAUGUGGUCAGUGUGUGGACCACCAAGUACUUUGUACCCAUGGUUAGCUUCCUCUUGUAUAACUUUGCGGACUGGUCUGGUCGACAGGUAACGGCUUGGAUCCAAAUCCCUGGGCCAAAGAGCAGACUUCUUCCCAUCCUGGUGCUGUUACGGACAUUGUUCCUGCCUCUGUUCAUCUUCUGUAAUUACCAGCCUCGUGAACACUUGCACAUAGUAUCCUUCGCCCACGAUAUCUAUCCUGCUAUCUUCAUCGUAGUUUUGGGCUUCACCAACGGGUACUUGGGAACUCUGCCGAUGAUUUAUGGGCCGAGGAUCGUGUCCAAGGAAUUGUCCGAGCACACGGGAAUCGUGAUGUCUUUCUUCCUUGCUCUGGGUCUGGCUGCUGGCUCUGCCUUCUCAGUCCUCAUCGUUCAUCUGAUUUAGCAGGGACUUUGGGUGGAGCUUCCCCAUCGUUACAUGCCAAAUUAAUUCCGAUGUGGGCCACCCCAAGAUUGGAACUUCACCUUUUGGAAAAGGUACUUAUGCUAACUAAUAAUAAAGUGACGUUUUGAAUGGAUGGAAAUUUUU